AUGGCACAAGUAGCAAAACCAACAACCGGUGGUGGUGUAAAUGGCGGAAAAUUUCAAGAUAAAGACAAGCCCAUGGAGGUGCGUAUGUCAAAUAUUACUGCUGCAAAAGCUGUUGGAGACGCGAUCCGUACUUCCUUGGGCCCCAGAGGCAUGGAUAAGAUGAUUCAAACUGGCAGCGGCGAAGUUGUCAUCACCAAUGACGGUGCUACUAUCCUUAAACACAUGGCUGUUCUCCACCCUGCAGCCAAGAUGCUUGUCGAUCUAUCUGCUGCACAAGAUGUGGAAGCUGGUGAUGGUACUACAUCUGUCGUCGUGUUAUGUAGUUCCUUAUUGUCAGCUGCUGAAAAGAUGUUGAACAAGGGCAUUCAUCCCACUACUAUUGCCGAAUCUUUCCAAAGAGCAGCAACCAAAUCAGUUGAAUUUUUGACCGAGAUGGCCACUCCUGUUGAUUUGAGUGAUCGCGAAUCUCUCUUGAGAGCUGCCUCCACCUCUCUCAACUCAAAGAUUGUAUCUCAAUAUUCCACUUUACUGGCUCCCAUCGCUGUCGAUGCUGUCGUUCGCGUCAUUGAUCCUGCUAUCGCCAACAACGUCAACUUGAAUGAUAUUCGUGUUGUAAAGAAGGUGGGUGGUACUAUUGACGAUACCGAAUUGGUCGAUGGACUUGUGUUGAAUCAAACUGUCGUUCGUACUGCUGGUGGUCCCAACCGCAUGGAGAAGGCCAAGAUUGGUCUCAUUCAAUUCCAACUCUCUCCUCCCAAGCCUGACAUGGAAAAUCAAAUUGUGGUGAACGACUAUAGACAAAUGGAUAAGAUUCUCAAGGAAGAGCGUCAAUACCUCUUGAACAUGUGCAAAAAGAUCAAAAAGUCAGGUUGUAACGUUCUUUUGAUCCAAAAGUCCAUCUUGCGUGAUGCCGUCAAUGACUUGGCCCUCCACUUUUUGUCCAAGUUGAAGAUUAUGGUUGUAAAGGAUAUUGAACGUGAUGAAGUCGAGUUUAUCGCCAAGUCUCUUGGUUGUAAGCCUGUUGCAGAUGUCGAAUCUUUCACUGACGAUAAACUCGGUUAUGCUGAUUUGAUUGAAGAAUCAGAGAAUGCUGGUGCUCGCAUUGUCAAGGUUACUGGUAUGAAGCAUGCUGGUAAGACUGUGUCUGUCAUCUGUCGUGGUGCCAACUCCCUUGUUCUCGAAGAAUCUCAUCGUUCUCUUCACGAUGCUCUCUGUGUCGUUCGCUGUUUGGUCAAGAAGAAGUUUUUGAUUGCUGGUGGUGGUGCCCCUGAAAUCGAGAUUUCUCAAAAAUUGAUGGAUUAUGCAAAGACUUUGACUGGUAUGGAGCAAUACUGUUUCCAGGCAUUUGCUGAAGCCCUUGAAGUCAUCCCCACUACCUUGGCUGAGAACGCUGGUUUGAACCCAAUUGCCAUUGUCACUGAAUUAAGAAACAAGCAUGCUCUCGGUGAAAAGACUGCUGGUAUCAACGUCAAGAAGGGCACUAUUACAAAUAUCUUGGAUGAGAAUGUCAUUCAACCUCUAUUAGUCACCUCCAGUGCUCUUGAAUUGUCUGCUGAAACCGUCAAAAUGAUCAUGAAGAUUGAUGAUUUGGUCCAAAGUCGAUAA